CGAAAAUUUCCCGCCAUAUUUGCACUCCAAGAGCCAAGCCAAAUAUUUCAACUUGAAACUACGAGAUUCAAAUGUAAAGCUAUGGUACAGGAAUUUAUGAUUCUCCGAUGUUUUUCCUGCACUACCUUCCAAGUCCAGCAAGUAAGAAUUGUUUGUAUUUUUGCAAAUUCCAACUUGCUGUCAUCAAUUUCCAAAUCAAAGAUGACGAAUUAAAGUCAACAAAAUCUUUUUGAUGAGUAUCCUCCUAAACAGCCCUAAAACAUCAGCUGGCUUAUCUAGAAUUUCCUUAUUAAGUCUAUAUACUAGUUGUAAACUUAACAAAAAGAUAUAGCUCAAUACCUUUCCUUACAAAUCAGCUCGGAUGUUGACCAGCCAUGAUUCUGGAUAAGUAUAUGCAUCAGUCAAUUCCACCUGCGCACAGCGCCCCCCCCCCCCCCGGGCUACUGCCCGGCAUUUACCCCCCAAGUCAGCCCCGGGGAAGUCCCGGGGGUGGGGCAUUUGCAACUUUUGCACUGUCCAGGGGCCGGGCCUUUGCCGCCCCGGGGGCCUUUCCUGAGCUUUUUACACCCAAGCUGUUUCCUAUCAGAAUAUAACCACCCAGAAGUUUUUAACUAUGCUAAUCAAAAAAACAAAAGAGAAAGAAAAAAUUACACUAACCACCCCCACGUCGCGAUGGGAGAGAUCACACGCUCACGCCAGUGGGGGAGGAAGUAGGGGGGGGGGGGGGGGCGGGGAUAUGAGGGGGGGGGGGGGGGGGGGGGGGUGGGUGGGGGGUGGUGGGUGGCGUUGGUGGUAAUCAACAAAGUUUUAAACGGGGAAGCACUGUCCAGGGGCCGGGCAUUUGCCGACCCUGGGGCCAUUCCUGAGCUUUUGACACGCAAGCUGUUUCCUAUCAGAAUAUAACUACACAGAAGUUUUUAUUGGAAAAAAAAAACAGAUUGGCCAUAUGUCAAGGACAGGAAUAAAUUGUAGAGGGUUGUAAAGGCAUGGUCUCGAUUUUAUGCAUGCAUUUCUUCAUUGCUUUAUGUCAAGCCAGAAUUACAUAGCGAAAUUGGAGCUAUUGAUGUGAAUCAACAUUUUUGGGUUAUUGAAUCAAAUUUCUGAUAUUAUUUGAAGCACUUCCUUUCAUAUUUAUAAAACUAUUCAAAACAUAUAACUUUACAGCACUCUAUUAAUGUUAAUGUCAAUAAUUUUAUAUCAAUACUAAAACCAUAAACUGGUGCAUACUGUUGCAGCGUGAAGUCUUAAUUAGAAUGCUAGCACUAUUACAAAGGAAGAUGUUAAUAAUAUUGAAACAAAAAAAACGCACAUUAAAAUGCUUAAAAUGGCACUAUUUGACUGUGCGGUCGAUGAAAAAUGUUGCAAUGUUGACGGAGGACGGGGCAUUUGCCCUCUUUUUUCAUCCCCACCACCAGGGAUUUGACAGCUCAAGAGUCCCCACCCCCCGGGAAUUUACCAUGCAAGGCAAAAAAAAUGCUAAUGCCUAGGGGUCAGCUCGGGGGGGGGGGGGGGGGGGGGGGGGGGGGGGGGAAAUUGUGGAGGUUUUUGGGGGGGGGAAAAAUUUUUUGUUUUUAAAAUUUACAACUUUUAAAAAUUAGGUUUUUACGAGGUAAAGAGGAGGAAGAAGGGUCUUUUUAAAUUUUGGGGAGAAAAGGAGCCCCAAAAAAAGAUUUAGGGAGAGGGUGGUGUGUAGGAAAAAUUGUGCCAAUUGCGGCGGGGGCGGGGGUCUUGUCCCUUUUUUUCCCCCCCCCCCCCAGGGAUUUGAAGACACAAAGCGCCCCCCCCCCCGGGAAUUUACCCGGGAAGGGAAAAAAAAGGGUUAGGCCUGGGGGGGGGGUGGGGGGGGGGGGGGGGGUGGGCUGGGUGCAGGUAGAAUUGACUGAUGUAUUAGCAGUGGCAAUAAUUUUUGUUCAUUAAAGUUACAACUACUUAAACUAUGACUGUUACCAGGUUAAGAAGAGCAAGAAGUGGAUUUGUAAAGUUUGUGGAGAAAAGCAGUCCAUCAAAAAGAUUUAUGGACAGGGCAGUGGCCAGGAUUGCCGCAAGCAUGUGCAGGAAUUAAAUCUCAAAUGCGGAGAAGCUCAAGCAGUAAAAGACCUAACAGCGUUGGACUGUCAUGACAACAAUGAUUAUGGCAAUGUCUCUGAAAACAUGCAAAGUGCAGGCAAUAUUGCAGUCAAUGGCAGAAGCCCAACUUGUGAAGACAACAUGACUGCAUACAUGUGUAAGCCCCCUACCAUAGAGAGUAAAUGGAAAAUGUUCUUGGAGAAUAUGUCUUCCUCUGAUGACAAUGGUAAAUUCAAGUUUAUUUAAGUGUUGACUUAAAGUUUGCAUGUUAUUGGAGGAGCCAAACAAUCUGAGAGCCAGCGAGCCAUGCAAUUUGUGCAAGCCUUAGGAAGAAAAGUACCGUAAAAUUUUCAGUUAAUGUUUUGCGUAUUACUACUUUUUCUUUUUUUUUUGUAUUUUUUUUACACUGCUCACUGGCUCAUACUGUGUCCUAACUCGUAAAUAGACCCCGUUAAUGCUUUAACUAUCACUUUUAAAAAUUUAGAAAAGCAACUACGAUAACUGGAUUCUAAUGACUCAUUUCUUCAACAGGUACAGACAUCAUUGAUGGGUUUAAUGUAACAACAGAAAGGGAUGCUUUUAAUAAAGCUACGAAAGGUGCGAGAAGGAAGUGGGCACAACGUGGAAGCAAAACAAGUUCCUACCACAAACAAAAACGACCCAAAAACUCUAUCGAUGUUGACCAAGUCAGUGCUGGCAAACUACACUCAAAGAAUACUGAAAAUGUUACUGGAAAUACUGUCACAGGUGUGAGAUAUACUCCCUAUUUUGUUCCAAAUCAAAGGAAACAAGCCUAUUCAGGUCAGACAUUUGAGCUUGAUGGUGCAAUAUUGAACAAAGAGUACACAGAAGUGCAGUCUCCAACUAGAUUACUUCCUUUGCAAGCAAAUCACCAGUACAAAUGCAAUGUGCACUUUGCUAGGGCAACCAGAGAUGUAUCCUCUUCAACUAAGCUGUCAGGUUCAAUGAGUAAUCAGGGAAUGAAAAUCUCUAGUUCAUCAAAGUGGGCAAAAUUUAUGUCCAGUUCCUUGUCUGAAAACAAACCACUUGAAGACUCAGACACCAUCAAUAGCUCUACUGAGGAAACUUUGGUCCAAAAUGAAUAUCUUCUUGUCGACACAGAGUUUCCUGUGGAGCAAUGUGAGGAAAUCAGUCAACCUCAAAAUUGUGAGCAUAAUGCUGGAAAACUAGCAAGUUGCACCAUGAAUGAAAGAAAACCAAGAUCUCAGCUGGUUGAAGAUUUGUUUAAAGUUAAUGAUGAUCUAGAUGAAGAGUGGUGGAAUUCACUGUGA